AUUCCUUUUUUCUCUUCAUUCCCAACUUUGUUUGAUCAGCUGUCUAUUGUUGGAGCAUGUUUUUGUGGUCGUAAUUAUGGUGUGGAACCUGACGCUUCGGCAGCAAUUGGUGCCACCCCUCAAAAGGACAUUAAGGCUGGGCACUUUGACUCCUACACAAGUGCCAAUCAGUUCAGUUAACCAAUGCUUGUCUACCUCUGCCCUCAGAUUGAAUCAAGAUGAGGAUGCGAAACGCAGAUUCCUGCCCACAUUAAUGGACUUCCCAUUUUUGGCCGCUCCGGAAUUUACUCACACGGUCAGAAAUUGGUUCCUCACUCAUGUGAUCAUUCAACCCUAUUUCGACCCUGAUUUUAACUUGAGUGAAUUCAAAGAGGGUGCUAGAAGAGCCGUAGUGGAAGUGUCGCGAUGUUUAGCUGAAGGUGAUUUGGAACCAUUGGAAAGCCUUCUGACGCCCGAAUGCCUGAAAACAGUGAAAGAGAACUUAUCCCUCUUCAGUAUGAUCCAAAGACAACGUCUUAAUUUGGAACCUGAAGAUGUAACUUCAUCCUUCAUUUAUCAAAUUGGGAUCCUCAUGAACGACGAGGAUGAGGAAAAUGAGUCAAAUCGCCAAGAACGCCACGUCGAAAUCACUUUCGUAGCGCAUGCCGUUCGUGGCUACGAAGAAGUUGUGGAGAAUUCCAGCAAUCUUAGGGAUAUCAAGGAGAAGCUAGACAAGCGUGGCGGACCCCUGAUCGUCAACUUUAGAUUCAUCCGAGAGUUCACCAAAGGCAUUGAAGAUCAAUGGACCAUAAACGCUCUCAACUAUUUUUUCCUGAAAGAGGCUGCUGAGUCUUCCUGAUUGAUAUGACAUCGAAGUAAUAAAAAUGCCCAUUUUUACCGACAAA